ACUAUUCAGCUGACAAAAACAACAAAGGGUGCUAAUGCAGAGAUAAUAAAUAAUAGUUGUCAAAAUAAAGAAUAAAUAACGUAACUGAAAACAUUCCAAGAAUAUGACGGAUACUGAGGAAGCCCAAGCAACUGCUUCAACAUCAAUUACCUCCACAACACCCACCGACAAGGAUGCAACCAAAAUUUGCAUUUUGUUAAAUGCUACUGGUAAUGUGCCCAUAAUAAAGAAACGUACGUGGACGGUGGAUCCCAAUAAAACUGUCAGUUGGAUUCAAAAGUUUAUACACAAAUACCUAAAGCUGGACUCCAAUGAACAAAUUUUUCUAUAUGUAAACCAAACAUUUGCACCUGCUCCAGAUCAGAUAAUAAAAAACCUGUACGAUUGCCAUGGGACGAAUGGUAAAUUGGUUCUCUAUUACUGCAAGAAUCAGGCGUGGGGCUAAAUCAAUACGCAUUGGACUACAUCUAAGUAUUUAUUUGUCUACGUUAAUGUUUAUGUUAUUUAAUUGUAUGGAGCUGACGCCGAAAACAUAAUAAAUUUCACAUUUUUAUUUCCUCAAUUCGAGGUUCUUAAUUAAGUCUAUUUGAAA